AUGAGCAAGCACCCGCUGCCACCCACUACACAGACACAGCCUGGGCUGGGCUGAGGGAGCCAUGGUGGGGUGGGCAGUGCAGAGCCCAGACUAUGGGUGCCCCCAGAGAAGGGCCUGUGGCUUUACCAGGGUGUGGCUGACAAGGGACCCCCAUGUGAGUCCCAUCUCUUCAGGCAGCGUGACAGGUCUGAGCAGGGGCUUGGCAGCACAGCUCACCUGGCAAUGUGGAAGGGACAGGCCUCUUCCCUUGCCAUUCCCCUGGUAAAUGCUCGCUUGCACACACUCUCUCUCUCUCUCUCUCUCGCUCUCGCUCUCCCUUUCCACAACCUGCUUCCCAAGUCGCUUGGUGUCAGCCUGGCUUACAUCCUGUCUGUUCCCUUUCCCCCUCCAGUGGACCAGAGCAUGUUUGAGAACGCCAGCGCCAGCACGGCACCCACGCCACAGGCACAGCACAUCCCUGCCACGGUGGGCACCCUGCCCCAGCCCAGCCGGCCCACUGGCAGCCAGCACCUCCGCAGCCUGGGCAAGGCCAUGGGUGCAAAGGUGAACGACCUCCUGCGCCGCAAGGAGCCGGCCGGCCUGCUCGGCGUGGGAGCCAUGGAAGUGAAUGCCAGCGCAGGUGCUGUGCUGGGCACAGGACAGCUGGCUGCUGAGGAGGGGGCUCUGGGGCUGGAUGCCUUUCCCCGGCUGGAACCCCCGCCUCCCAUCACCAAGAAGCGGACGCCGCGCGCCCUGAAGACUCCCCAGGACAUGCUCAUCGCUCCGCAGCCAGAGGGGACCAGCACGAGGAGCGGCACAGAGGAGCCUCCCGAACCACCCACAGCCCACCCUGACCUCACAGAGGAGCAGCUGGGAAUGGGGGACCCAUCUCCUCCAGAAUGCCCUGGGGUCCCCAGCAUGACAGCCACCCUAGAGCCCAGUGGGGACCAGCCUACCAGUGCCUUACCUGUGCCUGACCUCAUCCAUAAGGGCAGCUGGGAGAGCCAGUGGCAAGUGGGUGAGAGGGCCACCGAGAUGUCACCCACCACAGAAAAGCCCUCCCGGAGACCGGGGCUGGAGCAUGAGCCACCAGGGAGCACAGGGCGGCUGGAGCCACAUACCUCUGGCUGGGAGGUGGAGGGGACCCAUCCUGACCUACUGUCCUUUGAGUAGCAGUGGGCAGCUGUGACAGGGGCACUGUGGGGGCUGGCUCUCCCAAACAUGUCUCUCGCUGCCACUUGCCUUUUUUGGGGUGAUUAUUUUGGAGAGGGGGAAGCCUCGGGGUGGAAGGAGCCAUUGCUGCCCAGUGUGGGCUCUGGGGAGCCAUGACAACCUGCUUCUCCCCAAAUUCCCAGGAGGGGCACAGCCUGUCCUGCCAUGGCUUCUGCAGCCCCAUCCUGAGCCUAUUCACCCUGGUCAGGGCCAAGUUCCUGUCCUGCCAUGGUGCCACUGCCACCCUGUCUGCAGCCAGGGGCCUUGAUGAGCUGGGGACCAAAGGGGGUGUGUGGGGGUAGAAGUGCCAGCCUGCCCCUAACCCCAUUAGCUCUGCUGGAGUGAGUGGCCAGUGAGUGUCCCACAAGCACCACACGCUGUUCCCUGUGUCUGCACUGGAUGCCUUGGAAUGGAGGAUUUCACAGCUUAUGCCGUGUGCUUGCCAAGAUACCCCUUCCUGGGGCACCAUCAGGCUCACCCAGUCCUAAUGCCUCGUGCCAGGAAGGUGCCAGGGAGCCGGGACAGCAGAUGAGCCCAAGACCUUCUCCAGGUGCUGACCUCGUGGCGUUAUUCUGCCCAGUGCCACCUCUUUGCAGUGGAGCCCCAGAUGCAGGAGACCUGGGCUCUGUCAGGGCGCAGGGCUGGACACCUGGGACUGCACAGCUGCUGGCCACUGGGCUCUGGCGAGGAGCUGAGCCCUUCCAGCUGCCGUUUGUUUCCUGGUCUCAUCCCAGCCACCACAGACAAGACCAAACUGUCUGGACAUGCAGCUCUCUCCAUGUGGGCCAGUGUCACUGCUCCCCUUUAUUUUCUGGGGCAGUGGUCUCUUUGCGAGACUGGGACGCAGGAAGCCACAUGGUUCUCUGAUACUGCUGUAUGAGUGUUUCCCCAUGCAUUACAGGAGGGGUUAGCCGGCCUGGGGGCACCUGUGCCGAUGCAAGGAAGCAGCUGUGAGAUGGAUCUUUUUGCUUAGAGCUUUUAUGUACACCCUCACCACAAAAGUAGUUUUGAGAAGGAAAGCUCCAAAGCCCCGAUUUGGGUUGGAGGAACCCAGGAGCUCAUGGGUGGGCCUGCUCACAGCUUCUUCUGGGCCACGCAGGUGGCUGGGCUGAAGAAAUGUCUUCCACCACCCAAAGCCAUGCUGUCCCACUGAAGGAAGGAAGCUGAGGUGUAACACGCACAGUGGCAAUGUGAUCACGCUGUGCAUGGCCAACCCCAACCCCAGACACCGGUGUGUGUGUGUGUGUCUGCUGCCCAGGUCUACACUGCACUGUAGGUGUUGAUGGAAACCAGGGCUUGUAGCCCCUCUCUGAAGAACCGGCAUCUUCCAUCGCUGUGAUCCCAAGGGAACCUUCCCCUUAAGGGAGGGUCCUCACUCACGGCCGGUCCAGUCCCUUUAUUUAUGGUGUCGGGGUGUGUGUGCGGUUUGGGACAAGAGAUGCAGAUUGCACAAUAAAUUUUUUUUUCUUUUUUACCCA